UUUCUCACCCUUAAUAAAUAAAAGCCAUUCAGCGCCAAGAAAUGAAAAAACCAUCAUCAAGAGAGUAGUUGAAUCAGUUUCAAAUGGCGACUUACAAGCUUCUCCUUAUCUACUUUAUCCUUAUCUUCCUUAGUCGUCAUGUGCUUAGCGACAUCGAUGAAGAGGACGUUCUUUUCAUAGGCAUCAACAGCUACAGAGCAUCACAGAAUCUCACAACCUUAAACAACAACGAGAACGCAGAGUGUCUAGCCGACGAAAUAGCUGAUCAACUCAAGAACAAGCAAUGCACCAACGACACUGGCUCAGCCACAGUACCCGGAACCGAGCCACAGUUCACAGACUACCCUAAUAUUCUAGCUAAAUGCCACUUAAGCGUCUCCGACACAAGAGACGGCUUGAUCAUGCCCGCAUGUGUUCCUUUCUUAGAGUCGAGCCCAAGCCUCGUCCUCACAAACUUCACCAAGUCACAAUACUCGUUGAGUUUGAACGAUUCUAAGUUUACGGGAAUGGGUAUUGGUAAAGAAGAUGAUUGGAUCGUUGUGGUUCUCACUACCCACACACCACAAGGAAGCUUCUCUACAGCUACUAAAGUGGACUCUAAUGGCUUCACUUUUGCUAUUGGCUUCUUUAACUAUGUGUUUGUUUUCAUCUUGUCCUUUUGUUUCUUUCUUUGUUGA